GGGGACGAGCCAAGCGAGUAAUCUCUCCCCCACUCUCUGACCGGCUCGCAGAACUCGGCAUGGUCCGCUUCGGCAGCGCCUCCUCCUCGGACAAUCGCCGCCAGCGAUGCUGGAGCUGGUACUGGGGGGGACUUUUACUUCUCUGGGCCGUGGCAGAAACUCGAGCAGAUCUCCACUACGCUACUGUAUAUUGGUUGGAAGAUGAAAAAACUUUCCAAGUUAGGGAUGUAUUAGACAAGAAUGGUGAUGCUUAUGGCUAUUACAAUGACACUGUACAAUCUACUGGAUGGGGGAUACUUGAGAUCAAAGCAGGCUAUGGUAACCAGCCCGUAAGCAAUGAAAUAUUCAUGUACGCUGCAGGUUUCUUGGAAGGCUACCUCACUGCUUCGCGAAUGAGUGACCAUGUUGCAAAUCUGUAUCCUCAGCUGAUUAAGAAUGUCAUCAUUGAACAAAAAAUAAAAGAUUUUAUGCAGAAACAGGAUGAGUGGACCAGGCAGCAGAUUAAAAAUAACAAGGAUGACCCCUUCUGGAGAAAUGCAGGAUACGUUAUUGCUCAGCUGGAUGGGCUGUAUAUGGGAAACGUGGAAUGGGCUAAACGGCAGAAAAGGACACCUCUAACUGACUUUGAAAUUAGUUUCCUAAAUGCAAUUGGAGAUCUGCUUGACCUCAUUCCUGCCUUAACCUCAGACUCAAGAAACAAUGAUUUUCUUUCUAUGCCAGAAGUUUCUAGGAUGUAUCAAUGGGAUAUGGGUCAUUGCUCAGCUUUAAUCAAGGUCCUCCCUGGAUAUGAGAAUAUCUACUUUGCUCAUUCUAGUUGGUUCACAUAUGCUGCCACUUUGAGAAUAUAUAAACAUUGGGACUUCAGAAUUACUGACCCACAGACAAAAACAGGACGUGCCUCUUUCAGCAGUUAUCCAGGCUUUUUGGUUUCCCUAGAUGACUUUUACAUACUUGGCAGUGGAUUGAUUAUGUUGCAGACCACAAACAGUGUAUUCAACCUUUCUCUUCUUAAACAAGUGGUACCCGAGAGCCUCUUUGCAUGGGAGAGAGUCCGUAUUGCCAAUAUGAUGGCAGAUUCUGGAAAGACCUGGGCCCAAACCUUUGAAAAACAAAAUUCUGGUACUUACAAUAACCAGUAUAUGAUACUUGAUACAAAAAAGAUCAAAUUGCGAAGAAGCAUUGAUGAUGGGACUCUUUAUAUCAUUGAACAGGUUCCCAAUCUUGUAGAAUAUUCUGAUCAAACAAAUAUUCUCCGUAAAGGAUACUGGCCUUCCUACAACAUCCCUUUCCAUAACAUAAUUUACAAUAUGAGUGGAUAUAGAGAAUAUGUUCAAAAGUAUGGUUUGGACUUUUCUUAUGAAAUGGCCCCAAGAGCAAAAAUCUUCCGACGGGACCAAGGAAAAGUAACUGAUAUUGAGUCCAUGAAGUACAUCAUGAGAUAUAAUAAUUAUAAGAAAGAUCCAUACACAAGACACAAUCCCUGCAAUACCAUUUGCUGCCGAGAAGACUUGAAGCACAAGGCUCCAGUUCCAGCUGGAUGCUAUGAUUCUAAGGUAGCAGAUAUCAAUAUGGCUGCAAAAUUUACAGCCUAUGCCAUCAAUGGCCCACCUGUGGAGAAUGGCCUGCCUAUCUUCAGCUGGGUUCAUUUCAACAAGACGAAGCACCAGGGUCUGCCAGAGUCAUAUAACUUCGAUUUUGUUACUAUGAAACCAGUGCUGUGAAUCUGUAAAUUCUGUAAAUUGUGUUUACAUCAAAUAAACAGACCUGGAUAUAC